CCCAUCUUUAAGCCCCAGUCAGUGCGCCGUUAGCCGCAGGACAACACGGAGGAGCGCCGAAGACUGACCGCGGGGAAACUACCACACAUUCAUGCCGUGAAAAGGAACGGAAUCACAUUCAUCUGUAAUUUUUUUAAAAAAUGAUAGAAACAAUGGAUACACAGCGUGCCUUGCAGGCGGUGGAGCGUCUCCAGGCCAAACUGAAGGAACGGGGGGAGGUGCCCACUGAGGAGAAGCUCAGCCUGCUCAAAUCAGUGCUCCAGAGCCCCCUCUUCCACCAGAUCCUGGCCUUGCAGAAGUCUGUUCAGCAUCUCAAAGACCAGGGGACUGUCCCGUCAACACGAGGAAGUGACCUCAGCGAUCACGGCACAGUAGUCAAACCCAAUGGUGGCCAUGUUUCCUACUCAGACAUCCCAGCUGCUACACACAUCAAUGGCAAGACUGAAGAAUUUGAGAAUAUUAUUCGUUCCAUGGCACAGGGCCGCUACGUGACACACGUGGAGCUGCAGAAGCCAGUGUCUGGAGGUCUUGGCUUCAGCGUGGUGGGCUUAAAAAGCGAGAACCGCGGAGAGCUCGGCAUCUUCAUCCAGGAAAUUCAGCCAGGAAGUGUCGCCCACUGUGAUGGCAAGCUCAAAGAAGCUGACCAGAUCUUGGCCAUCAAUGGCCAGCCCCUGGAUCAAACAGUGACCCACCAACAAGCUAUCGGCAUUCUGCAGAGCGCUUCAGAGAAGGUGCAGCUUGCAGUGGCAAGAGGGCCAAUACCUCAGCUUGCCAGCCCUGUGGUGUCCCGCACGCCCUCUGCUGCCAGCACACUAUCGGCCAACUCCAGCGCGUGGCAGCAUGUGGAGACGAUUGAGCUGGUCAACGAUGGCACUGGUCUUGGCUUCGGUAUUGUCGGAGGAAAGACCACUGGGGUUAUUGUCAAAACUAUACUUCCUGGAGGCAUCGCUGAUCAGGAUGGCCGGCUGCGCAGCGGGGAUCACAUCCUAAGAAUUGGAGACACUGACCUGUAUGGGAUGGGCAGCGAACAGGUGGCUCAGGUCCUCAGACAGUGUGGCAACAGGGUGAAGCUGGUCGUCACCAGGGGUCCUGUGGAAGAAAAUCCAUCUGCUGUCAUGCCUGUGGUUCUUCCUACUGUCAAUGAACAGCAGGGCUAUGAAGAAGAAGAAGAUGCCGAGGCAUUUGAUGUGAGCCUUACCAAGAACACGCAGGGACUGGGGAUCACUAUUGCUGGCUAUGUUGGAGAUAAAAAUUCAGAGCCCUCCGGUAUUUUCGUUAAGAGCAUAACAAAAGACAGCGCUGUGGCUCAAGAUGGCCGUAUUCAUGUUGGAGACCAGAUAAUAGCUGUCGAUGGCGUAAACAUCCAGGGAUACACCAAUCAGCAGGCCGUGGAGGUGCUCAGACACACUGGCCAGACAGUCCACCUUAAGCUGAUCCGGCGGGGCUUCAGGCCUGAAGAGAUUCCCCCCGCUGUGGCCCCCAGUGUCACCAUCCUGCCGUUGUCCACCACUAUUCCCACCACCACCACCGUCAUGAGGGAGCUGGAGCUGGAGAGGAAGGAAGCCGAGGAGGCAGCCCAAGUCGCCGCAGAUGAAAAGCAGCCCCAGACAAAGAGUGAAGGAUCCGAUGUCAGCCCAGCCACGGAUCAGCUAACAAAAGACAAACAUGAGCUGAAGUUGUCACCUUUUGAAGAGGAGGAACUGAUGAAGAAGUGGCAGGAGAUUCUGGGUCCAAGUAAUGAAGUUGUAGUGGCUCAAGUGGAGAAGUUUACUGAGAACAGUGGCCUCGGCAUCAGUUUAGAAGCCAACAGUGGGCAUCAUUACAUCCGCUCUGUGCUCCCUGAGGGACCUGUGGGCCGCUGUGGCAAACUGUUCAGUGGAGAUGAACUGCUUGAGGUGAAUGGCAUUUCCCUGAUUGGUGAAACCCAUAAAGAAGUAGUGAGAAUCUUGAAGGAGCUUCCACUCUGUGUAUACAUGACAUGCUGUCGGCCUGCUCCUGAUCUUCCACCUGACAUGGAAGCUGUCCAACCCAAAUCAGAGGCUUUAUCUACAGCAUCUAAAUUAAAGAAUCAAAUAGACCUCUGCAGUGUGCUGGUUGCCGAAGACUCAGAGGUGAACACAGUGGCGGCGACACAGGAUACUGUGACUGAGGACGCGAUAGGAUCUCCUUUGGCUAUGUGGGAGUUGGAGAUCCAGAAUAUCGAGCUUGAAAAGGGAGAAGGGGGAUUGGGAUUCAGCAUUUUGGAUUACCAGGACCCAUUGGACCCCACCAAGACGGUGAUCGUGAUUCGCUCUUUGGUCCCCAAUGGUGUCGCAGAGAAAGAUGGCAGAUUGCUGCCAGGAGACCGACUCAUGUAUGUUAAUGCCACCAACUUGGAGAAUGCCAGCCUGGAGGAUGCUGUCCAGGCCCUGAAGGGUGCCAAGCUUGGCACGGUUCAGAUUGGAGUCGCCAAACCGUUGCCUGGAAUAAGUGGAUAUUCCCACUCUCCACACCCAUAUUGUGAGCAGGAAAUAACUCCAUCAUCCACCAUCCAUUCAUUUGACUUCAACAAUAUUUUGGUUGAAGAAGGAGAGGAAGGAGGACUGACUGAGGGCAUCCUUUACCGAGCAGAGCCUGCAUUGAUUGACACCAGCGAAGCAGACCUGUCUGACGAAAAGUUGUUAGAUCAUACUUACUCUGGGAUAGAGGAUGACACUUUCCAGGCAUCCAUGAUCGCUCUUCAUGGCAGCAACUGCAGCGCCGACCCGGAUUACCUGCACUCAUCCACACCUAAGCUGACAGCUCGCCUCAACUUACUGGAUGAGCAUCUCUGCUUUGCGGACAACAUUCAAGCUUUCUCUCCAGAGAAGUCGGCCUCUUACUCUCCUCCAGGCCUGAUGGGUCACAACCCAGCUUUUAAUGCCAUCCUGAGCAGUUCUGAGCAGUACCUGGCACAACACCCGAGCAAAGAAGAACCGGUGGAGGGCUCAAACUCAUACAGCCCGUUCGCUGAACUAUCAAGCGGAUCUAAGGUCCAGGAGGAAACUGCGGAGUCACUUCACUACCAGAAGGAGCCUGUUAUCUCUUUUGGAGAUAUUGCAGAUAUAUCCAUUUUGAUGAAGGACGAGGAGGCUGGUGCGAAAGAGUCGGCAGAAGACGACGACGACAAAGGAGCUCUGACCUCUGGGAGCAGUUUUGAAAGGACUAUCACAGUCGUCAAGGGCAACUCCAGCCUCGGGAUGACGGUGAGCGCCAUGAAAGGUGGUUUGGGGAUGCUGAUCAGGAGUAUAAUCCAUGGAGGGUCCAUUAGCCGCGACGGACGUCUGGGGGUCGGGGAUCUCAUCCUGGCCAUCAAUGGGGAGCCCACGGCCAACCUGACCAAUGCCCAGGCUCGAGCCAUGCUCAGGAGACACUCUCUCAUCGGACCAGACCUGGAAUCUGCUUGUGCACCUGAGGACGAUCUGUGCCCAUUUUAUGUAAUUACAUAUGUCCCAGCUGAGUAUCUGGAGGAGUACAAGGCCAGCCUCGAGCAAGCUAAAGACGAAGUUUUCUCUGAAGCAGCUCCUGUUCCAGCUCCAGCUCCAAAAGAUGUUCCGAACCUCCCUGAGCGUGAAGAUGGAGAAGGAGAAGAAAGCGCCUCUUAUAGCAACUGGAACCAACCAAGAAAGGUGGAGCUAUUCCGAGAGCCGGGUAAGUCUCUGGGGAUCAGCAUUGUCGGAGGCCGAGGGAUGGGCAGCCGGCUGAGCAACGGGGAGGUGAUGAGAGGCAUUUUUAUCAAGCACAUCCUGGAGGACAGUCCUGCUGGACAGAACGGGACCCUGAAGACCGGAGACAGGAUUGUGGAGGUGGAUGGAGUAGACCUGAGAGAUGCCAGUCAUGAGGAGGCAGUGGAGGCCAUACGAAGGGCAGGAAACCCGGUCUCCUUCUUGGUACAGAGUAUAAUCCACAAACCAAGGCCUGAGUCAAUAUAUAGCCCAGCUCCAUCGCCUGCCAAAGAGAAACACGGCACCACUUUCACAUGCAUGCCACAUCGCACAUGUCAGAAGCCGCCCCUGCCCUUUCUGCAGCUAAAUAGCCACCGUGGGUUGAGCCUUUGCUGCACUAAUCAAACCUACUUAGCACCUGCGCCCCCUCAGUCAUCGAUAACAGACUCUGGCGAGGAGCGAGCUGCAGCCGCAACAAGGGACAACAAGGACAAGGAGGGUGACAGUCACAGUAGACUUUACCUCCGACUCUCCCCAACUAACCCUUUCACUCCUACCCCGUUUAAGCUGGCGAAGCGUGAAGCGGUAAAGACGUCUCCCACUAGCACUGUCCUCCCCCUGCCAGUGGUGCCCCAUGUGGGAGAGACUGAUACCGACACGCUGACAGAGAUUCCUGGCGGACCUGCUGAGAUGGUGGAGGAGAACAAGGAGGUGGAGGAGGAGGAGGAUGAGUUUGGAUACAACUGGAAGAACGUCACCCAGCGCUAUGGCAGCCUCCCAGGUGUCCUACACAUGAUUGAGCUGGAGAAAGGCAAGACGGGCCUCGGUCUGAGCCUGGCAGGGAACAGGGAUCGCUCCCGCAUGAGUGUGUUCGUGGUGGGAAUAGAUCCCAACGGGGCGGCCGGCAGGGACGGACGUAUGGUGGUGGGAGAUGAGCUGCUGGAGAUCAACGGACAAGUGCUGUACGGCCACAGUCACCAGAACGCAUCGUCCAUCAUCAAGAGCUCUCCAUCCAAAGUCAAAAUCAUUUUUGUCAGGAACACGGAGGCGCUGAACCAGAUGGCUGUGGGACCAGUGAGGGAGCACGAAGGAGACACAGUGGAGCCCCACACUGAGCCAGAAACAACUCCUGCUAAUGGUGAUGCUGAUCCUUCAAAGUGUGUUCACCACAUCAUCAAGCUGAAGGAGGACGGAGGACUUGGCAUCACUUUUGUUGACGGCAACACGGACACUGGAGUGGAGAUUCAGAGUAUAUCUGAAGUAAAGGGACACACUGGCAAAGAGGGCUGCAUGAAACCUGGGGACAAACUCUUAGCUGUGAAUGGUGAAUCCGUGCUGGGAUACACUGUCGACCGGGUCAGUUCUCUACUGAGAGAAACCAACGGUCCAGUGAAGCUAAUCUUCUCUACAAAUGAGAUCCCCUCCUCCUUGUCCUCUCCCCAGUCGACCUGCCCAGACAGGGGUUGCUCAGAUGGAGUCCUUACCAGUCUACCCAGCACACCCAGCACCACCCUGACUACCCUGAGUCAACCAGAAGCAGAAGUAGUUGCUAGUCUUAGUCGCUCAUCCACCCCUUCCACUCUGGCCUGUGACCCGGCGACCUGUCCCAUCAUCCCUGGCUGUGAGACCACCAUCGACAUCUCCAAGGGCCGCACAGGUCUGGGCCUCAGCAUCGUGGGAGGCUGCGACACCCUGCUGGGGGCUAUCAUUAUCCAUGAAGUUUACGAAGAAGGGGCAGCCUCCAAAGAUGGCAGACUAUGGGCAGGAGACCAAAUCCUCGAGGUGAAUGGCAUUGACUUGCGAGCGGCCACUCACGAUGAAGCCAUCAACGUGCUGCGACAGACGCCGCAGAAGGUUCAGCUGACGGUUUACAGGGACGAAACCCAGUACAAGGAGGAAGACCUGUGGGACUCCUUCACCGUGGAGCUGCACAAGAAGCCUGGUCAGGGCCUGGGCCUGAGCAUCGUAGGGAGGAGAUCACGGGACCAGAGGAAUGACACAGGAGUGUUUGUGUCUGAUAUUGUGAAAGGAGGUUUGGUGGAUACUGAUGGUCGACUGAUGCAGGGCGACCAGAUACUGUCAGUCAACGGCGAGGACGUGCGGUCGGCCACUCAGGAGGCCGUGGCUGCACUGCUGAAGUGCUGCGUGGGGCCUAUCCAAAUGGAGGUGGGAAGGUUUAAAGCCGGCCCAUUCCACUCUGAAAGAAGAAUGUCUCAAAGCAGUCAGAUGAGUGAAACAGGCAGCUCCAAGGUGGCCUAUCAGUCAUGUGCAGACACUGGAAACCUUCCCGGUGACCCUGACAAACUAAGCAGAAGUCAGGAAUCACCGGAGCAUCAGGACACCAGGACUGUAGAGUUCACUAAAGGCCCCAGUGAUUCUCUGGGCAUCAGCAUAGCAGGCGGAGUGGGCAGUCCUCUGGGCGACAUACCCAUCUUUAUCGCCAUGAUGAAUCCGGUCGGCCUCGCUGCUCAGACCCAGAAGCUCAAGAUUGGGGACCGAAUUGUCAGUAUAUGUGGAACUUCUGCUGAAGGCAUGAGCCACUCGCAGGCUGUCACUCUGCUCAAGAACGCCACCGGCACAAUACAACUUCAGGUGGUAGCGGGUGGCGACACCACCGUGACGGGGCCCUCUCAGGAGCAGGCUGAUGGGGGUCUUACGCCCAGCUGCAUCUUCCAGGAUGACCUCGGCCCACCUCAGUAUAAGACCAUCAAUCUUGAAAGAGGACCAGACGGACUUGGUUUUAGUAUAGUCGGAGGAUAUGGCAGCCCACAUGGAGACUUGCCAAUUUAUGUCAAAACAGUGUUUGGAAAGGGCGCAGCAGCAGAGGACGGCCGUCUGAAGCGAGGAGACCAGAUCAUGGCGGUUAACGGACAAACUCUGGAGGGCGUCACGCAUGAAGAAGCUGUCGGCAUCCUGAAAAGGACCAAAGGAACUGUCACACUCACUGUGCUAUCAUAGACAAACACUCAUACACUACUUUUUCCACACUUGCACCAAAGGUUCAGUAGCAAGAUUCACAGCUAGGUGACUGAAAUACAAAUAAUUACACAAUCAUGAAGAAGGUUAUUGCCCAAUGUGGCCCUGAACACUGUGACAAGUAGAAUUAUAUGUAAUGAGAAGAGCUUGUACAUAGCCAUAAAGUUAUCAAUUUUAAGUAUGUGAAUCUGUAAAUAGUAUUAGAAACAUUCCAUGACUCUGGGUGGAAACAUUCAGUGGACGCUGUUGCUAAAAUAAAGCACACUUCAGUAAUAUCAGAACAUUUCUACAGCAGAGUGGCCCAUUUUCAAGUUUUUUCCUUAUAUUCUGAUGUAUAGAGGUGACCUCUUGCUAAAUUCGGAGCAUUAAACUGUAUUAAAGAUACCCUUGAGGCUGUUAGGAAAUUAGCAGGAUUAAGCUAAUGGCUAAAUUAGCUGAAAACAGCACUAUUUUGUGUUUUGUGUUGCACUGCUGUUGGCAAUUCAUCAAAUUUUGAUUUAAAGCUGAUGCUGCUGUAAAUGGUGUUAAUCAGCUUAUCAUGAAGUGUUUGAUCAGGAGAGCAUUUAAAGUGUCUAGAAGUGAGAUGUUGUAAAUGCACAGUGUGUUAACACUUCUCUGAAGGGAAGUCCUCCAAGUGUGGUUUGAGUGUGAGUGUGGCCUAUUCACUGAAUUAUAGUGCUGCUAAAGCUGAUAUGUAAGGUAUUAUGUUACAGUAUUUGGAUUUUUUUUUUUUUUAAGUAUUAAUUAAUGUUGACUUCAUGUAAGUGCACAGAGAAGUAAAAUGAACUGCUAUUUAGGUUUGUACGGACGAGCGGUUUCAAACUGAUGACCUGAGCCCACUUUGACCUUAUUGUGUACCCAAAACAAAUCAUCCAGGGUGUAGUUUGUCAAGUCACUGGGCAUGUGUUGUGCGGUCUAGACUCAGAGAAAAAUGUCUGUUCUCUGUGUUAUCACCUUAAAUGUGUUUCUAGUAUUGUCAAAGUGACGGUACUGAAUUUAUUCACACUGAAUUAAAUAAAAGUGACCUUUGGAUGCAA